AGAGAGGAAGCCCAACACUACUGGCACGGCACCAAGUUGCUAGGCAAGGAGAUCCGCAUCAGUUCAAGACUGCUUCGCCGCCUCCUUCUCGGAUACAGCCUCACCCGCCGAGAGCAUCGCCAACUGAAGCGCACUUUUGCAGACCUUCUCCGCCUCAUCCCCUUUGCACCCUUCAUCAUCGUCCCCUUUGGUGAGCUCCUCCUCCCCGUAGCGAUCAAGAUCUUCCCCAACAUGCUACCCUCGACCUUCGAGUCCAAAUUCGCCGUCGAGACGAAGCGUCGCGGCCUCAUUAAGGUGCGACUGGAGAUGGCCAAGUUCCUCCAGGGCACCAUCAGGGAGGGCGGCAUACAGGCGACGGAGCAGGUAAAGACGAGCGAUGAGUUCAAAGAGUUCUUUCGCAAGGUCCGAGCAACGGGAGAACAACCUAGCGACUCGGACAUUGUGAAAGUGGCAAAGCUCUUCGACGAUGACUUGACGCUGGACAACCUGACGCGCCCUCAGCUGGUCAGCAUGUGUCGCUACAUGCAGAUCAAUGCCUUUGGCACGGACAACUACCUCCGCUACCAGAUCAGAACGAAGCUGGGAAGGAUCAGGCGCGACGAUAUCGUCAUUCAGCACGAGGGGCUCGACAAGCUCACCCAGCACGAGCUGCAGAGCGCCUGUGGCUCCCGAGGUAUUCAGACGCUCAACCUCGGCGAGGACAGGCUGCGCGACGAGCUUCGCCAAUGGAUCGAGCUGCACAUCACUCAGCGUAUCAGCGGCACUCUGCUGAUCUUGAGUAAAGCAUUCAACUACGUUCCCUCCGGAGAGGAGAAUGCCGCUUCGCAGAUGAAGAGUUUGGAGCUCACCCUUUCCUCGCUACCGGACAACUUGAUCAAUGAGGCGGAGCUGAAUGUCAGCAAGGAUAGUGCGACGAAUAAGCAGAGGUUGGAGGUGCUGCAGCAGCAGGAGGAGUUGAUUGAGGAUGAGGCAGAGCAGGAGGCCGCGGAGGAGGAAGCGCGACGUGUGGAGAGGCAGAGGAAGAAGGAGCAGGAAGGGUCCGCUGCUGAUGGGGAGAAGAAGGCCGAAAAGAGUGCAGAGUCGGAGGAGCUGAGGAUGACCAACGAGCAGCUGACUGAGCUUGGAGAGGCUCUCAGCCUGCUAAGUGCCAAAUCCUCCGUAGAGAAGGAGCGCGAGGAGCUCGCCGCCCUGAUCAAGGAACAAGCGUCUUCGCCGGAGGACGGCGAGGCGCAACAACAGCAGCCCGUCAACCAAUCGGCCGUCUCCCGCUCCCUGGCAAAAAGGGUUCGCGGCAUGCUGGAGAAGAUCGACUCUCAGCUCCUCGCGUACGAGGAGGAGGUCGGCUCCAAGAUGCACAUCAUCGAGGCCUCUGCCUCUGGCAAGAUCAGCGUCGAAGACGUCGAAGCGGCCCUGCGUUUGAUCAAGCACAGGCCGGACGAGGAGGUUCUGGAGCGAUUGGUCGACUCGAUGGAUAAGGACAAGGAUGGGCUGAUCCCAUUGCAGGAGGUUGUUGCUCUUGCGAAGCAGGAGAGUGGAUUGGGCAUCGUGAGGGAGGACUCGAUUAGGGAUAUUGCUGGGCAGGGGAGGAAGUUG